AUGUCCAUCCCCUGGGCAGACCAGCCCUACCCUCUCCUCUCGACAGAGUUACCAAACGGUUAUGAAAACGCAUCCGACGGCUCCAUCGCCGUCUUCACGGCCAUGACCCUCGCCCACAACAUGAUAAUCCGCCACCUAAACGCCAUCUACCUGCAAGCGACAGGUGUCACUGAGGCCGUCGACACGCGCGACUUCCUCUUCUUCUGCAAGACCUGGCUCACCGAGCUGCACGGUCACCACGACGGCGAGGAAUCGAUUCUCUUUCCCAUGCUCGACAAAUACACUGGAGUCGCCAGCGGCGCAAUGGGCGAGGCGGAAGAGCAGCACGGCACAUUCAGGGAUGGGGUUGAUGAGAUGGCUGCGUAUGUUGAGCGGAUUUCCAUGGCGACGAAUCUUAGCGAAUAUAGCGGGCGCGAGCUGCGGCGGAUCAUUCGCGGGUUUGCGCCGCCGCUGAUGCGGCAUUUGAGAGAGGAGCCGGGGCAGCUUCUCGCGAUCGGCGAGCGAGUUGGAGGCACGGGGCUGAAGAAGGUGUGGGACGAGUUUGAGGCGAGGUUGAUUCGUGAGGGGAUGGCUAAGUGGGAUAAGCACGUGAUGCUCCCGGUAGUCCUGGGCACAAACGAUCACGACUUCAACGGCGGCGCGCACACCAAUUUCCCGCCGUUCCCGUUCUUCCUCCCCUUUCUGAUCCGCGUUUACUUUGCGAAGCGGCAUGCUGGUGCGUGGAGGUUCUUUCCGUGCUGGAAUAGUCGGAGGAGGGAGUUGGCGUUUGUGGGUGAGGGGUGGGAGGAUGCGUUAGAGGGAGAGGGUGAGGGAUAGGUGGAGGUUGAGGGAAGAUGAGGA